GCUAUCCCUAGUAAUGGACAUGUUAUGGUGUACAUUAGACGGCAGCGCAUUUAAGGCAUCGCUGUGUGCCUAG